AUGGUGAUAAUCGCUCUGAUAGAUAGGAAGAGGCGUGAAGAAGAAGAAGCCGCAAGGCGAGCCGCCAAAGCGGCUAGAACAGAUUCCGAGGCGAUUCCUCAGACCGAUCUGCCGAGCCGUGAAGGUGACGACACGGUUCGGGUCGCAGAGGCAAACGAUGCCGAGGUGGCCGAGAAAGAAGCAGCGCCCGAGCUGGAACCGAGCAAAGUUAUCCCCGAGGCAUCUAAGGACGACUCGGAGGCACGGAACAAGGGCAAAGGCAUCGCCGCUCAAAAAGACGAGCCGUCGAAAAAGAAGCGCAAGCUGACAUCCGGGGAUCCUGCUGCGCGCAAACUGGUCGUUGACGACCCCGAUGCCUCGGCAGUGAUGUUCGCGCGUGUUAAUAACGCGAACACGCGUCUUCCUCCUCCGGAGAAGCUGAGGAGGCCGAGGUCGUACGGCGCGAUGGCGCAGCGCGUUGUUGCGGCCAUUAACGAGCUAAUGACUGAGUACGAGACGGACCUGUCUAAGGCCGAACGUCACUUGGACGAGGCCCGAAAUGAGACCGCAGCGUCAAAGGUGAAGCUGGAAGAGGCUCAGAACGAAGCCGCGACGGCAAAGGGGAAACUAGGCGAGGCGAUGGCCAGGGCAUCCAGGCUGGAAGAGGAGAAGAUUGUUCUGAGCGCCAAUGUUGACAAGGUCUCCGCCUCGGUCAUUCGCCUCGAGUAG